AUGAGAAUUGCAAGUACAUCUUGUAUCUGCCCAGUCCUAUUUUGUCUCUGUUUUGUGCAGAGGUGUUAUGGAGCUGCUCACCAUGGCUCCAUCAAGGUGACUAGAAAUCAAACCAAACACAUAGAAGGUGAAACAGAAGUGCAUCAUCGUCCCAAGCGUGGAUGGGUAUGGAAUCAGUUCUUUGUUUUAGAAGAACACAUGGGACCAGAUCCUCAGUAUGUAGGAAAGCUGCACUCCAACUCUGACAAAGGUGAUGGAUCAGUCAAAUACAUUCUUACUGGAGAAGGGGCGGGAACUAUAUUUAUUAUUGAUGACACGACGGGAGACAUCCAUUCAACCAAAAGCCUAGAUCGAGAGCAGAAGACACACUAUGUGCUUCAUGCCCAAGCUAUUGACAGACGAACAAACAAGCCACUCGAGCCUGAAUCUGAAUUUAUUAUCAAAGUACAGGAUAUCAACGACAAUGCACCGAAAUUUACAGAUGGACCAUACAUUGUUACUGUGCCAGAGAUGUCUGAAAUGGGUACGUCUGUUCUACAGGUGACAGCCACAGAUGCAGAUGACCCUACAUAUGGAAACAGUGCCAGAGUAGUAUACAGUAUUCUUCAGGGACAGCCAUAUUUCUCUGUUGACCCUAAAACAGGAGUCAUCAGGACUGCCUUGCACAACAUGGACAGGGAAGCCAGAGAGCAUUAUUCCGUUGUCAUUCAAGCCAAAGAUAUGGCUGGGCAGGUUGGAGGGCUGUCAGGGUCAACAACUGUAAAUAUCACACUCACUGAUGUCAACGACAAUCCACCCAGGUUUCCUCAGAAACAUUAUCAACUCUAUGUUCCUGAAUCAGCUCAAGUUGGAUCAGCAGUUGGCAAAAUUAAAGCAAAUGAUGCAGACACUGGCUCAAAUGCAGACAUGAAGUACACAAUUAUAAAUGGUGAUGGUGCUGGAGUGUUCUCCAUAUCCACUGACAAAGAAACACGGGAAGGAAUUCUUUCUCUGAAGAAGCCACUCAACUAUGAAAAAAAGAAAUCCUAUACACUUAAUAUAGAAGGAGCAAAUACUCACCUUGAUUUCCGCUUUUCACACUUGGGACCAUUCAAAGACGUAACAAUGCUGAAGAUCAUAGUUGGCGAUGUGGAUGAACCUCCACUCUUCACAAUGCCUUCUUAUGUCAUGGAUGUUUAUGAAAAUGCGAAGAUCGGGACUGCAGUUGGCACAGUAACUGCACAAGAUCCUGACACUGCCAACAGUUUAGUGAGAUAUUUCAUUGAUCAUAACACAGAAGAAGAUAGGUAUUUCACCAUUGAUGCUAAUACUGGGACCAUUAAGACUGCCAAGAUCUUUGACAGAGAGGAAACACCUUGGUACAACAUCACAGUGGCUGCUUCUGAGAUAGGUAAAGAACGUAUGUUUUGUGAAUCAGUACCAGAAUUUCCAAAUGGACCCAUUCACAGAGCCAGUGCAGUUUAUGGUGCCCUGAUCUACUCAGGAGACAGUCCUGGGCUAGUGAGCCAUGUUCCUGUUGGUGUUAGAAUCCUGGAUGUCAAUGACAACCCUCCAGAGCUCGCCAGAGAGUAUGACAUAGUUGUCUGUGAGAAUGCAAAGCCUGGUCAGGUAAUUCAGACUAUUACUGCAACUGACAAAGAUAACUCUGCAAAUGGUGCAAGAUUCCAUUUUUCUCUUGAUGAAGGGCCUUCUUUGAAUCCCAACUUUACUCUAAGGGACAAUGAAGAUAACACAGCCAGUAUCCUGACUAGGAGAAGGAAAUACAGUCGAACUACUCAAGAUAUCUAUUACCUCCCGGUUUUGAUUUCUGAUGGUGGAGUGCCCCCUCUCAGCAGCAGCAGUACUCUCACAAUUAGGGUUUGUGCUUGUGAGAGAGACGGACGAGUGAGAACUUGCCAUGCUGAAGCUUUUCUCUCCUCAGCUGGGUUGAGCACAGGAGCUUUAAUUGCAAUCCUGCUCUGUGUUGUCAUUCUUCUUGUUUUCUCUUUAGCAAUUGUGGUCCUUUUCAUCACCCUAAGACGUAGCAAGAAGGAGCCCUUGAUCAUUUCAGAAGAAGAUGUCCGAGAAAAUGUUGUGACAUACGAUGAUGAGGGCGGUGGGGAAGAAGACACAGAAGCAUUUGACAUCACAGCACUGCGUAAUCCAUCAGCUGCUGAGGAACUAAAAUAUCGGAGGGAUGUUCGUCCUGAAGUGAAGCCUGCGCCCAGGCAUCAUCCCUCUUCAAGCCUCGACAGUGUAGAUGUUCAGGAGUUCAUUAAACAAAGACUGGCAGAGGCUGAUUUGGACCCCAGUGUGCCCCCAUACGACUCCCUACAGACAUAUGCCUAUGAGGGUCAUAGAUCAGAAACUGGAUCUAUCAGCUCUCUGGAUUCAGUCACAACACACUCUGACCAGGAUUAUAAUUACCUUGGUGACUGGGGGCCUGAGUUCAAGAAGCUAGCUGAACUCUAUGGGCAAAUAGAAUCAGAAAGAACAACUUAG